AUGGAGCGCACGGGAAAGAUCUUUUUCUACGAGGACAAGAACUUCAAGGGUCAUCACUAUGAGUGCAGCGGCGACUGUCCCGAGCUCAACGCUCACUUCCAGCGCUGCAACUCGGUCCGGGUGGAGGGCGGCUCCUGGGUCAUCUACGAGAGGCCCCAAUACAUGGGCUACCAGUACGUCCUCGUGAGAGGGGAGUACCCCGACUACCAGGGCUGGAACGGCUUCAACGACACCAUCCGCUCCUGCCGGCUCAUCAGACAUUCUUCUAGCAUGCACAAGAUCCGCAUCUACGAGCAUCCAGACUUCAGUGGCCAGAUGGUCGAGAUAAGCGAGGAUCUGCCCAACCUGGUGGACCGCUGGCGCUACCGGGACGUUCUCUCGGCCCAGGUCCAGGACGGAGUCUGGGUUUUAUACGAGCACCCGAACUACAGGGGGCGCCAGUACCUGCUGGAGAAGGGCGAGUACAGGCGGCAGGCAGAGUGGGGGGCCCUCCAUCCGUCUGUGGGCUCCAUUAGACGGGUCGUGGACUCCUCUUGA